AUGGAUGCUACUGCAGACUCUACUCCACAGAAACUUCCAUUCGACACUGACCUGGCUUUGGCAAAAGCGAUCCGUGGGUUCAAUGGAGGCAUGGGGAUGUCGGCAACGGACAUUAACACGUUACUAGGCGUGUUGCAUGAGGCCGGCUACUUGAAGCCAUCAUACAAGAACAGCGCAGGCUUGGCGAGGUAUGAGAAGGCCUUACUGGCGGAAGCUACGGGCACGGUGGAAUGGAGAGCGGCGGAGGUGGUGUUGAGCAACGGCAUGAAAGUCACAGUGCACGUAAGCUCCAUGGUGGAGGCUUUGAAGGCGAUGUAUUCGGAUAGCGCGAACAAAGACGGCUUUGUGGUGAAACCGGCAGCGGUUUACACGUCCGACAAGAAACAACGGAUAUACGCGGGGCCCGAGACAGGAGAUGGAUGGAUUAAGAUGCAAGAGGAAUGCCCGAGGGGUGGCGUGAUCGCAGCGUGCAUUCUGUACAGCGACGGGACGAACCUGAGCAACGAUGGGCGUGUUACGGGACAUCCGGUGGCCUUGUGGGGAUUCAGAGGUGGACAUUCGCUUGUCGGCAAUCCGUAUCGUUCUUUACUGGUCGAGGUGAUGCACGCUUUGGACCUUGGGGUCUUCUUGCACAUCAUCUCGUGCAUUCGAGCGUAUUACGCACGAGAUCGCGAGUUCCUUCGUACGCUCGACAUCGAGUUGCAGCGGAUUGCCACCGACACCCGCAUCUCGUGUUUCAGGAUUCCAUCGUCGGAGAAGGGGGGUUAUUUUGCGGGUGCUGCGCGGUUUCAGGCGUUUGAGCAUCGUGCGGUGAUGCAGGUGAUCACAGUUGUGCUCGCCAACUGUGGCGUGCCGAACUCGAUCGUUGGUGCGGUGGCGGCAUUCGUGGAUUGUUACAUGCUUGCUUCACGGCGUUGGUAUCACACCACGAAGACGUUGCAAGAACUUGAUGCUGCCAUCAAGAGGUUGAUUCCGCUCUUGAAGGAUGUGUUCGCGGGCCUUCAAAAGUCGGAGUUCGACAUCACCAAGGUGCAUUCGCUGGCACACGUUGUGGAGGACAUCAUUCGAUCGGGCGUGCCGAUGCAUUAUAGCGCCAACAUGUACGAGUACCUUCAUCAACCGCUAGUGAAGCGCGCGUACCGUGCAAGCAACAAGAGGGAUCCAAUCCCUCAAAUUGCGAUGGAGAGUGGUCACAACACGCUUGCAGCCACUAGCUUCAGUGUAAGCUGGAAGGAAAGCAUUGCGGAUGGGUGUGACAAGUGGAAAGCGCAUGCGUUGGCCGCGCCAGGUGACAUGACCAAGCUCAAAGGCCUGUUGGAAGGAACAGCGGAAGAAGGCGAGGUACUGAACAGAACGAUACGCGUGAAGAACGGCAUGGCUAUUCCCGGGGACGAGGACUUCACCAAGUACUCCAGUCAGACACACUAUGUGCGAGCCUGCGCGUCUUUCGGCGACAAACCAUGGUUCAGCGACGUGGCAGUGCUUGGUGAAGAGGAGGUUGCAGCUGCAGGGGGUGAGAUCACAAAGCGCAAGGUGAUUUGGUAUGCGAGGCUGCUGCUGCUUUUCACCAUCGACGUGUACACGCCACUUACAGAGGCGUUUACCAAGCGUGCGUACGCUUUUGUACGCUAUUUCAGAGCCACUGGUGCGGUGCACGCAUCAAAGUGUCCGGUGUAUGCUUGGGAGGCAGGUGAGAACGAGUACCAACUGCUUGAGCUUGAUAACAUUCUGCGCGUAGCUCAUAUGGUUAAGCUUAGUGAGGGUCGCUUUGUGAUGAACAAGUUCAAAUUUUAUUAA